AUGGGAAAGAAGACAGAGGCUGUCCCACCCCCUCCCUACGAAACACUCGCCGGCACGUCCGACAAGGCCAAAGAAGAUGCAAAAUCCUACGACACACUGACCGUACCCCCUCAGAUCAUGGACAAGAUACUGGCGGUACGCCCACAUGCGGAACGGAUGCGGCUCACCAAGGAAUACAUUGUCAAAAAGGGCAAGGUCAUUGAAACCAGAGAGGCCGCAUUGACUCGUCAAGGUCGUUCGCUGGCGGACGCCAUCAAGCGCGUCAAGAGCGACGUCAAGAGCAUUCGGGUGACAAGGGCCGUGGCCUUGGGGCACAUCGGACAGAGAAGCGACCGUUUCAUAAGGGGCUUCUUUGAAGCCUGCUCUAAAUACGGCGAUUACAAAUCGGAAAAGGCUGGGAUUCCGGAGCUGAUUGCUGCCGGCGAGGAGGAGGUGCGUCGUACGUACCACACGGAGACUCGGAAGAUUGAGGCUGAGUUUCGUGACGCGGCGAAACAGUUGGACGAGAAAUUCAUGGCUUAUGUAGAGAAUGUGUUGGCGAAGAUGGAGGAGAGUGAGGAGUCGAAGUGA